UGACGUCUUUUCCGGCUGAGUUCACGCAGACGAUGAAUUUGGACAGGUUUUCCGCAGAACCUGCGCAGACUUACCCUGAGUGUUUCAAUGGACGCUAUGGGAUUUCUAUUUUGUUAUCAUGAAACUGCACAGUAAGCGUUGGGACAGUUGUAACACUACAAAAUGUGGAAAAGUCUAAGUGGGGUGAAUACUUAUGCAAGGCACUGUAAUCCAUAUUAACGCUGGAGAAGGAUAAAUGUCAUCGCAAAUAUAAGUAAAGAUGAACAAGAGCACCCCAUACCAUCUACUGUUUUUUCAUAACAAAGAAACUGAGGAGGACUAAUGCCUAGGAUUAACAAGUCUGUGAUUUUGGCCCUCCUGACUGUGACAAGUUCAGUAUUCCUCUUAUUCCAGCUGUAUUAUUAUAAGCAGUAUUUGUCAAAGGAUGGAGUGCGUAAUUUUAAUAGCCUGUCUGCAAAUGAUGCACAGUGGCAGGUGUUUAAAAAGUUCCUCGACUUGGUGGGCAGACACAACUUGCCAGUGUACCUCAUCGACCCCGUGACCCUGGGCUUGCUAACUCCAGAUACACAGCAUCUGAGGGAGAGUGACACUAAAGGGCCAAAUUGCAAGUAUUUCUGUGCCCGGAGAGAGUUUACUACAUUUGCACUGUUAGCCAAACUGUGGAAAUAUGAUGCAGCCCUGGCCAAGUCGGCUGCGGAGAAGGGGUUUGAGUUUCUAGAGCUGCGUGGGAAGGACCCUCGCCUGGCCAGCAUGGAUGACUUGUCUGGGACCGAGAUCCCACUGCACUUUAUCUUCAGGCUGCAGUCUCACGCCAUCCACCUUGUGGUAUUCUAUGAGAGGAGCGGCAACUACCUCUGGCAUGGACCCCUGCGGCUCAAGCCGAACAUGGACAGGAAGUUUGUGCCCUUCCGAAAACUGGAUUUUGGACACCAAGCCGGGGUGUAUGACAGACCAGAGCUGCUGCUGACUUCCAUUGAUGGUCUGGAGAUACGCAUUCCGAAGAACGUCUCGAGAUUUCUGGGUGAAGUGGCCAAUUCCAGGUUUCUGGAAUGCAGAUACAAGGAGGCACGGGCUUUCUAUCAGCUGUACCCUGAUGAUACCUCCCAGGAGGCAAUAGAGUUCAGGAAGAAUGCCAAGACCUUGCUUCAUCUGGCAGCCAGGACCCUGAACAGCCUGGGAAUGAGGUUCUGGCUGAGCAGCGGGACCUGUCUGGGCUGGUUCAGGCAGUGCAGUGUCAUUCCACACAGUAAAGAUGUCGACCUAGGAAUAUGGAUAAAGGACUACAGGUCAGACAUUAUCCCAGCAUUCCAGAGGGCAGGCCUUCCGCUGAAGCACAAAUUUGGAAAGAAGGAAGACAGCCUGGAGCUCUCCUUCCAGGCUCAAGACGUGAAACUCGAUAUCUUCUUCUUCUAUGAGGAGGAGGAUCAUGUGUGGAACGGAGGGACCCAGGCCAAGAGUGGAAAAAAAUUCAAGUACAUGUUCCCAAAGUUUACCCUGUGCUGGACUGAGUUGGUGGAGCUCAAGGUCCAGGUUCCCUGUGAGACAAUGGAUUACAUUGAAGCGAAUUACGGUAAGAGCUGGAACGUUCCGGUGAAGACGUGGGACUGGAAGAGUUCUCCAGCCAACGUCCAGGAGAACGGGGUCUGGCCUGUGGGAGAAUGGGAUGACGUCAUUCAAGUCUACUGAGUCGGGAUGCACUAACAAAGAGCAGUUUAAACAGCAUCACAUGGAGUUUCCUCAAAUGGAGCUUCAGGUUCAGUUCUUUGAGAAAUCAGAGAGGGGUUGCAGCCCAGCUGUAUCCAUUUUGUGCAUAGGUUGUGUAAUAUGGCCAUUGAAUCAUCAGUCCUUAUUGCUGGUUAAUACCUCUUUCUGAAUAAAAUAGUAGCUAAGGCUUCUCAGCAGCUUUGAGCCAUCCUAGAAUAGGCGUGGCCAAUCUUUUUUUGCCAUUUAAAACGACCCUGUACAUAAGGAAUAUGUGUUUUUAUCACUUGAUGUUGGUAUCUUGAAUGCAUAAACUCACUUUGGGAUUGUUGACCACUAUCUUCCACCCUUUAAGUACCCCCUCAAUUUGAAUAAGUACAAAAAAUAGUAAUAAUAAUAAUUAUUCCACUAGGGAUGUAAAUCAACUUUUUCUGCAUUUUCCAUGACUAAGUACUCUGUUUUACAGAACUGUUAUGUCUUAAUUGGGCUUUUGCAUUUUAAAUAUGGUCUAUAGUCUAUAGUCUUAUAAUGUGAUUAAAACAAAACAUUUUUAAUUGUGUUCAUUUUUUCCUCAAACUGUAUUUUAUGAAUCACGGAAGAACAUUACGAACGUUAUUUCCGACUCUUGGAGUUUAAUGUUUGAGAUCACUAUCCUCCUAAAUUGUUUACCACAACCCCCUUGCAAAUGAGACCACGGUCUCAAUUGGUUUACUUCCUGCAUAAAUAAUAAACACAUAAAUAAUGAAUCAAUGAUGUGUAUCUUAUAAAUAUAAUUUACUGAUUUUAUGUUCAUUCAAUAAAAAAAAAUACUGUUAAAAAGUU